AUGAUCAGCGCUCGGCGAAGUAGCAUCAGCAGGCAUCCCGCCCUUAUUAUCGGCCUCGCCAUCGUGCUCUGCGGCUUCCUGGGCAGUGCUUUCGCAUUCCUGUCGUGCUCACCUUCACCGUGCAAACAUGGCGGCACGUGCGUUGGGCGACCAAACGGUUCCUACUACUGCAACUGUACGUCGCGCUACACCGGCGAUUUCUGCGAGUUUCCCAACCCGUGCCACACGGCGGCCGGUCCGCGGUGCCAGAACGGGGGCAUCUGCGAGACGACGUUCCGGGACGGCAUCCCAACGUUCGCGUGCCGGUGCCCGAUCGGCUACACCGCCAGUCUGUGCGAGAUCCCGGUGAAGAACGCGUGCGACUCGUCCCCGUGCAACAACGGGGGCAACUGUAAGCUGAAAACGCUCAACGACUACGCCUGUAUCUGCGCGAUCGGCUACUCCGGCAAACACUGCGACAAGCAGAACCUGUGCGCCUCAUCGCCGUGCCGAAACGGUGGCACCUGCACGCUGUCGCCGAACGGGCACGUUAAGUGCAUCUGCCCGAAGGGCUUCAAGGGCGUGUACUGUGCCGAGGACGUCGACGAGUGUCUGCGGAAUCCGUGCGAAAACAAUGGCAAAUGCGUCAACAUGCACGGCUCCUACCAGUGCAUGUGUGACCCAGGAUACACCGGCAAGAACUGCGAGUCGGGCUACAUUCCCUGUUCACCGUCGCCCUGCCAGAACGGUGGCACCUGCAAGCAAUCGACGAAGUACUCCUACGAAUGCAAGUGCCCACCCGGUUUCCAGGGGAAGAACUGCGAGGAAAACACCGACGACUGUCCGGGGAACAUGUGCCAGAACGGUGGGACGUGCGUGGAUGGCGUCAACGCGUACCACUGCAGCUGCCCGUCCAGCUUCACCGGCGAGUUCUGCGAGAACGACGUGGACGAGUGCGCGCUGCGGCCGUCGAUCUGCCAGAACGGUGCCACGUGUACCAACACGCACGGCAGCUACAACUGUAUCUGCGUGAACGGCUGGAACGGACCGGACUGUAGCAACAACAUCGACGACUGCGUGGACGCGGCCUGCUUCAACGGGGCCACUUGCAUCGAUGGCGUGGGCAGCUUCUACUGUCGCUGCACGCCGGGCAAGACGGGGCUGCUGUGCCAUCUGGACGAUGCCUGCACCUCGAACCCGUGCCACGCGGACGCGAUCUGCGACACCAGUCCGAUCAACGGCUCGUUUACGUGCUCGUGCGCCGUCGGCUACAAGGGCAUCGACUGCUCGGAGGACAUCGACGAGUGUGACCAAGGAUCACCGUGUGAGCACAACGGUAUCUGCGUCAACACGCCCGGAUCGUUUGCCUGUAACUGCUCGCAAGGAUUCACCGGACCGCGCUGCGAAACGAACGUCAACGAGUGCGAAUCACACCCGUGCCAGAACCAGGGCAGCUGCCUCGAUGAUCCCGGAACUUUUCGCUGCGUCUGCAUGCCAGGUUACACCGGCACGCAGUGUGAGAUCGACAUUGACGAGUGCGCGACGAACCCGUGCCUGAACGGAGGCAUCUGCCGGGACAUGGUCAACUCGUUCAAGUGCACCUGCGCGAUCGGCUUCUCGGGGCUGCGGUGCCAGGUCAACAUCGACGACUGCAUGUCGCAGCCGUGCCGGAACGGGGGCAUCUGCCAUGAUUCGAUCGCGGGCUACACGUGCGAGUGCCAGCCAGGCUACACGGGGCUGUCGUGCGAGACGAACAUCAACGACUGCCAGUCGAACCCGUGCCACCGUGGGGCCUGCAUCGACGGGGACAACUCGUUCACGUGCCUGUGCAAUCCGGGCUACACCGGGUACCUGUGCCAGAUACAGAUCAACGAGUGCGAAUCGAACCCGUGCCUGUUCGGCGGCCACUGCGAGGACCUGGUCGGGAGCUAUCUGUGCCGCUGCCAACCGGGCACAUCCGGGCCGAACUGCGAGGUGAACGUGAACGAGUGCCACAGCAACCCCUGUCGGAAUGGGGCCAAGUGCAUCGACGGCAUCAACCGGUACACGUGUCAGUGCGUGCCGGGCUACACCGGAUUCCACUGCGAAACGAACGUGAACGAGUGUGCGUCGGACCCGUGCGCCAACGGGGGCGUCUGUAUGGAUCUGGUGAACGGCUUCCGGUGCGAGUGCCCGCGCGGCUACUUUGACGCCCGCUGCCUAAGCGACGUGGACGAGUGUGCCUCGAACCCGUGCAUCAACGGGGGCCGCUGCGAGGACGGCGUGAACCAGUUCAUCUGUCACUGUCUGCCCGCGUACGGUGGCCGGCGCUGUGAGAUCGACAUCGACGAGUGUGGCUCGAACCCGUGCCAACACGGAGGCAUCUGCCGCGACGGUCUCAACUCGUACACGUGCCAGUGCAUGCCGGGCUACACCGGUCGCAACUGUGAGGUCAACAUCGACGACUGCGUAGCGAACCCGUGCCGCAACGGGGGCUCCUGCAUCGAUCUGGUCAACGGGUACAAGUGCGUUUGCCGCGGUCCAUUCACCGGCCGGGACUGCGAUUCCAAGAUGGACCCGUGUCUACCGAAUCGGUGCCGGAACGGUGCUAAGUGCUCACCGAGCCCAAACUAUCUGGACUUUGCGUGCUCGUGCACGCUCGGCUACACCGGGCGGCUGUGCGACGAGGACAUCAACGAGUGUGCCCUGUCGUCACCGUGCCGGCAUGGGGCAACCUGCCGGAACACGAACGGCUCGUACCAGUGUAUCUGCGCCAAGGGGUACGAGGGGCGCGAUUGUACGAUCAACACCGACGACUGUGCGUCGUUCCCGUGCCAGAACGGCGGCACGUGCUACGAUGGCGUCGGUGACUACACCUGCCUGUGCGUGGAGGGUUUCGAGGGGAAGCACUGCGAGGUGGACAUCAACGAGUGCCUGUCGGCGCCGUGCCAGAACGGGGCAACCUGCAAUCAGUACGUGAACUCGUACACGUGCACCUGCUCGCUCGGGUUCAGCGGUAUCAACUGCCAGACGAACGACGAAGACUGCACCGAGAGCUCGUGCAUGAACGGGGGCACCUGCAUCGAUGGGAUCAACGCGUACAACUGCUCCUGCGAGGCGGGCUACACCGGCUCGAACUGCCAGUACCGGAUCAACAAGUGUGACUCGCAGCCGUGCCAGAAUGGGGCGAGCUGCCAUGACUACGAGAACGACUACACGUGCCACUGCUCGUACGGCUACACCGGCAAGCAGUGCAUGGAUUACGUCGACUGGUGCGCGCAGGCUCCGUGCGAGAACGGCGCGACUUGCGUGCAGCAGGACAACACCUACCAGUGCCAGUGUGCGGUCGGCUGGACCGGCAAGCUGUGCGACGUCGAGAUGGUGUCGUGUAAGGAUGCGGCCACGCGGAAAGGUGUGGACGUGCGCCACCUCUGCCACAAUGGGACGUGCGAAGACUUUGGAAACUCACACCGGUGCCGGUGCAAGCAGGGCUACAGUGGUUCGUACUGCCGGCACGAGAUCAACGAGUGUGAGUCGCAACCGUGUCGGAACGGAGGCACCUGCAACAACCUGAUCGGUGCGUACCGGUGCACCUGCCGGGCCGGUUUCCAGGGGCAGAACUGUGAGCUGAACAUCGACGAGUGUAAACCGAAUCCUUGCCGCAACGGGGGCAUCUGCCACGAUCUGGUUAACGGCUACAAGUGCUCCUGCCCGCCGGGCACGAUCGGGGUGCUGUGUGAGAUCAACACGGACGACUGCACGCCGGGUGCCUGCCACAACAACGGUAGCUGCAUCGACCGGGUCGGUGGCUUCGAGUGCCGCUGUCCACCCGGGUUCGUCGGAGCGCGCUGCGAGGGCGACAUCAACGAGUGUCUGUCGAACCCGUGCUCGAACCUGGGCACGCUCGACUGUGUGCAGCUCGUGAACGAUUACCACUGCAACUGUAAGCUCGGCAACAUGGGGCGCCACUGCGAGAUGAAGGUGGACUUUUGCGCGAACAGCCCGUGCCUGAACGGGGGACUGUGCACGGCGCGUCACACCAGGCACCACUGUCUGUGCGCCGACGGGUACUACGGCAAGAGCUGCGAGUAUAACGGGCACGACUGCGACUCGAACCCGUGCAUCAACGGGCUGUGUCAGAUCGCGGACGAUGGUGGGUACCGGUGCGACUGUCCGCUCGGCACGAGCGGCAUCAACUGCGAGCUGGACAUUAUGGACGAGUGUGGCUCGGGGCCGUGCGAGAAGGGUGCCCUGUGCCAGAACAAGCUCGGUGACUUCGAGUGUCUCUGCCCGCCGAAGUGGAGCGGCAAAACGUGCAACGUGUACGACCCGCAGUACAACGGUUGGUACGACACGACGCAGCGCAAAACGGCCGGUAUCGGUGGUGGACGCGGCGGCGGCGGCGGCAUCGGCGGUGGUGACGGUGGUGGGGCACUGCCGAACAUCUACGCGAUCGACCUCGAGUACCAGCGGGCGCAGUGCGUGAAGAAGGGCUGCCGGGAGAAGCAGGGCAACCAUCGGUGCGACGAGGAGUGCAACACGUACGCGUGCGACUUCGACGGGAACGAUUGCUCGCUCGGCAUCAACCCGUGGCUGAACUGCACCGCGAGCAUCAACUGCUGGGAGGUGUUCCUGGACGGGUUCUGCAACGAGGAGUGCAACAACGCCCAGUGUCUGUUCGAUGGGCGCGACUGCGAGAAGAAGCUGCAGCCGUGCAAUCCGAUCUACGAUGCGUACUGUCAGAAGCACUACGCGAACGGGUUCUGCGACUAUGGCUGCAACAACGCCGAGUGUAACUGGGAUGGGUUGGAUUGCGAGAGCGAAAAGGAACCGGCCCAGUUGGCCGAGGGUGCCAUCUCCAUCAUCCUGCUGAUGGAUGCGGCCGCAUUCCGCGCGAACGCGAUCCAAUUUCUGCGCGACCUAGGCCACCAACUGCGUACGACGGUGCGCAUCAAGAAGAACGCGGCCGGCAUCGAGAUGAUCUACCCGUGGAAGGGUGGCACCUCGCUGCAGGGGCUCACGGACAGUGAGUUCGGCCGGAAGCACCACGUCGUGUACACGGAGACGCGCCAGAUCGGCAUCCAGGUGUACCUGGAGCUGGACAACCGCAAGUGUAUCGGGGCGAGUGGGGCCGAGUGCUUCGGCACGGCGAACGAGGCGGCCGAGUUUCUGGCGGCGACCGCUUCCAAGCACUCGCUCUCGAAGCAGUUCCCAAUCUACCAGGUGAAGGGCGUCAACCCGGAUGACGACGGGGUGCCGGGUGCGACGAACGUGAACUACGUGCUGGUCGGGUUCUUCGGUCUGCUCGGGUUGGCCUGCUGCACGGUGCUGGUGGUGAACCGGAAGCGUGCCCAUGGGAUCACCUGGUUCCCGGAGGGUUUCUUCACGGCGAACACGAACGUGCGGCGGCCUUCAAGGCGCCGCCCCGAUGGCCAGGAGAUGCGCAACCUCAACAAGAACCCCUCGGUGGUGGACAUGGUAGCGAAUGGUGGAGGGCACGGUGGCGGCCCGUGUGGUGGCAUGAUGGGAGGCGGUGGCCAUUCGCAGCAGUGGUGCAACAGCGACGACGAGUCGGAGAUGCCGCAGCGGAAGCGGAUGCGUGCCAUCGAUCAGGGUUACUCGAGCGACCACACGGCCAUCACGGACUACGAGGAGACGGAGCCGCGCGUCUGGGCCCAGCAGCACUUCGAGGCGGCCGAUAUCCGCGAUCACCCGGCCAUGAUGACGCCUCCGACGCACCACGACGGUGACGUGCGGGACGUGGACGUACGCGGCCCCUGCGGCAUGACCCCGCUGAUGGUGGCGGCCGUUCGCGGCGGUGGUGGGCUCGAUUCCGGCGAGGACAUCGAUUCGACGGACGAUUCAGCGGCCCAGAUCAUCUCGGAGCUGGUGGCGCAGGGCGCCGAACUGAAUGCGACGAUGGACAAGACGGGCGAAACGUCACUGCACCUGGCGGCACGGUACGCACGGGCCGACGCAGCCAAGCGGCUGUUGAACGCUGGGGCCGAUGCGAACAGUCAGGAUAACACGGGCCGCACCCCGUUACACGCGGCAGUGGCUGCGGAUGCGAUGGGUGUGUUCCAGAUACUGCUGCGUAACCGGGCGACGAAUCUGAACGCUCGUAUGCACGACGGUACGACGCCGCUCAUCCUGGUGGCACGCCUCGCGAUCGAGCGUAUGGUGGAGGAUCUGAUCACGGCCGAUGCGGACAUUAAUGCGGCGGACAACAGUGGUAAGACGGCGCUGCAUUGGGCGGCGGCCGUCAACAACGUGGACGCCGUGAACAUCUUGCUAACACACGGGGCCAACCGGGACGCGCAGGACGAUAAGGACGAGACGCCACUGUUCUUGGCGGCCCGCGAGGGCUCGUUCGAGGCGUGCCGGGCGCUGCUCGAUAACUUCGCAAACCGUGACAUCACCGACCACAUGGACCGGUUGCCGCGGGACGUGGCCAGCGAGCGGCUGCACCACGACAUCGUGCGCCUGCUGGACGAGCACGUGCCCCGGUCGCCACAGAUGGUGACGACGGCCAUCCCGACCAGCACGAUCAUGUCGCCGACGCACGCGCACCUCAUCACCCACCCGACGAUCAUUGCGUCGACGAAGCAGGCGAGCAAGCAGAAGAAGCGCCAAAAGCUCACCGGGAGUUCGGCGAUGACGGCGGCCAGCAUGGCGGCGAUAUCUGCUGCUGCCGCUGCUAGCGGGGGUUGCCUAGUGCAGCAUCAGAACCCGAGCAGUCCCGAGAACGAUCUGGCUGUGGGCAGCAUUCGUCGGAAGACGGUCGCAAAGAAGCCAAUUUCUGCAGGGCCCGGGGGUGGCAGUGGCUGUGUCUCCGGUGGUGUCCCGGUUGGGCCGAAAAAGGUGGGCGGUGGCGGAACGCCAGUCGGUGGUGGGCUGUGCGAUCUCGGGCUGACCGACGACCAGCUGAGCUCGGUCGAGUCCCCGUUGGCGAACCUCAGCAGUCCGUACGAUUCGGUCAGCCUCUACUCCAACGCGAUGACCGUGCACCAGCUGGAUGCGACGACGAGCCCGACAGGGGGUGGCGGCGGCGGCGGCGGCCCAGGAGCCCCGGGUACCGGCAUCAUGCCAAAGAAACCCCCGAGCUACGAGGAUUGCAUCAAGAGUGCGCAGUCGAUUCAAUCGUUGCACAACAUCCAGCUGGAUAACUACGGCUACGCGCUCGGUGGGAACGGCGCCGGCGUUGCAGUAUCCGCCAACACCGGCAAUCAGUUUGCGGACAUACUGAUGAGUCAGCAGCAGCAGCAGCAGCAACAGCAGCGGUCGGUUAAUGGCGGUGGCAUUAGCUCCAACGCUGGCACGGCCAGCAACCUGCUGCACACGGCAAUGCAGGUGAUGGGCGACAAUGGGCUCAGUCCACCGUACUCGAACCAAUCGCCACCGCACUCGGUCCAGAGCACCAUCGCGCUGUCACCGCAAGGCUAUAUCGUUUCGCCGGAUCACUGUGUGUUUGCGGGUUCCCCUUCCCCAGCCAAAACGCGCCCCAGCCUGCCGACGUCUCCGACGCACAUUCAGGCGAUGCGGCAUGCGCAACAACAAAAACACAACAUCAAGAUGAUCUCCAACGGUAACCUGCACCAGCAACAGGCGGGUAAAGCGCUACAGCAUCCCCUCCCGCCGGGCGCGACGCUCCUCGGGGGCGGUGCCGGCAACGGGAGCAACAUAAUGUCCAACAGUACAAUGCUGGCCGGUCUGCAGAUGCAGAACUUCGUGACUGGGUCCAGUGGGCUCGAACUCGCUGGGUUCUGCAGUCCCACGGGUCAGGGAUCUCAACCAUCGACUUCGCAGAAUGUGGUGCCGGCUGGUGCUUUGGCAUCGUCGUCGAAUUCACCAGGCAUGACGGUAGCAUCGGCGCACCUGUCGCCGUUGAGUCAACAGCAGCAACAGCAGGUGCUGGUGAUGGUUGCACAGCAGCAGGCGCAACUUAACAAUCAUCAGCAACAACAACAACUCCAGCAACAGAAACAGCAGUUUCAGCAGCAGCCGCCCCAACAGCAGCAGCAACAGCAGCAACCGCCGCCGCAACAACUGCAGCAGCAGCAGCAGCAGCAGCAACAACAACUGCAGCAGCAGCAGCAGCAGGGGCAGCAGCAGCAACAGCAACAGCUGCAGCAGGGGCAGCAGCAGCAAGGGCAGCAGCAGGGGCAGCAGCAGGGCCAGGGGCAGCAGGGGCAGCAGCAGUCGUCCUUCUAUCAAUACUUGACACCACCCAGUCAGCACAGUGGAGGCGUAACGCCGCAACACCUGGUGCAAACGUUGGACAGCUAUCCGACACCGUCCCCGGAAUCGCCGGGACACUGGUCCAGUUCCUCCCCGCACUCCACGUCCGACUGGUCCGAGGGUGUUCAAUCGCCCGCCAACAACGUGUACGUGACCAGUGCCGGUGGCCAUCAGGCCAACAAAGGCUCAGAAGCAAUUUACAUCUGA